CUAAAUCUCAAGUCGCUCGACGAGCCUGCCAAAAGCUCGCUGGCGUCCGUCGACAAGUUUCACUGCAGUGAUUUCUGCUAUUCCACUUCAGUCGUUCGCUGUUCAGUCGCGCAGUAGCUAUCGUUUCGGAGAGACGUGUGGUUUCAUUUUCAAUUCGAACGUUGAUGCGCGCACGCGAACGGUAACUUUUUAAAAUCUAAGAUUAUUUUUUUUCAUUUGUCGGAAGUUUUUAUCGCAGAGUAUACAGACCAAAUACGAAGUGACAGUGGAAACAGACUACAGCCACUUACACGCCGGGACACAAAGUUUACAAAUACAAUGAUUUAUUGGCCGCAAGGCAAUUAUCUGGAAGUAAUUGAAAUCGGUUAGCGCCGUACUAAUUAAAAAAAAAAAUAGAACAGAAGAAUACAGACAGACAGAACAUUACCGAGUGCCUUCAUCUCUUUACCACACACCCGGACGCAAAACAAAAAUGUGUUUGCUUAAGCUGGCGCCACUCUAAACAUUCCGCGUGUUUAAAAACUGUAAAGAAUAAACAGACCCGCUUUCUCGUUUAGAGGGUUUCUUCUCCACCAAUUGACUCAGCCUCUUUCGUCCUACGAGCUGUUAAACAACAUGUGUGAACGUGACUAUGUCGUUUUUGACUCAAAACGCAACGAAGAAAGUGAACGAAUCCGGUGUCGCAAUCCCACAGCAAUUCUUGCGAUUCUCUUUGUAACUGUGAUAACGCUGAUAAGCGGUGUUCGAGGCGCCGUGGAAAUGGAAGAAAUGAUCUCUUCGUCGUCGGAAACGAUCUCUACAUCAAUCAACAGACCCAAGAGCGUUUCCGCGUCGACUUCAGAUAAUCAACAACAAUUCAAUCAUCAAAGGCGACUCGGUUGGCCAAAUUUUUUCACAGAUUACGUACGAUGUUUCUGCAAUCUGCCGGUGUGCGUGUCAUCGGGGUACAUGUGUAAAUCAGGCGGAGGCGGCUGUUUCUCCGACGUCCAAGACGGGACAUCGGAGACGCGACAGGCGCCCUCCUACCAAGGACGACACGGAUGUCUAGAGCUUAUCACCGACAAAGAGCAAAGGGCCUGGUGCGAAAAGGGCAACAAUUCAAAAUCGUCAACUAAAAAGAGGCAACAUCCUCGAUCUCUUUUUCACUGUUGUUACCACGACAUGUGCAAUCAUGUCGACAGCCCAGAGACGAGACUUCUUUUAAAUAGCUCCUUGUUCGAAGAAACAAUGAAAAGUAUAGAGGAUCGUCAAGUGACCGAAGCACAACAAGAAGAUUUACUUUACACAAAUUCAGACGUAUGGUUUAGAGCGGCCACUAUAGCUCUACCAAUAUGUGGACUAGUCAUAGUAAUUGCCCUAGUUCUUUUAGCUGUACGGUUACUACAGCCAGAACCAGAAGAUAUACCUAAUCACAAACUGGGGAUGCCGCCUUAUAUUCUAACACACCACAGUGAUUUGAGCAGCCGUCGUCACAACAGGAUAAUAAGAAGUCCCAUUAAAAGUUCCCACCAUCACAACCCCUUAUUUUCUAACCAUACGGAGGAUUAUACUGGUCAGUCGUACCUUCCUCUUAUUAUUCAAAAGGACAAGGGCAAUCUAGACGCUAAUUGUGAUAAAAAAAAUGAAACGCACGCAAGAUUUAAUAUAUUAAAUGAUAAUAGUUCCCUAGUGCCUUAUUCAUUUUACGAUAGUAAAGAAAUUACAGGAGAAAGCGAUAAAUAUCAAAAAAGUGUCGAGUACGAUUACAAAGAAAAUCUCAAUACAGUUACCGACAAUAAUUCCUUAACAGGAAAUCGUAAUUGUUUUAGUGAUGUACUUACAAUUAGUGAAAAGACUUACUGCAAAGAACCGAUUUCUUGAACUUUGUGAUUGUGCCAAGUAUAUUUUAUUUUGUUGAAGUGAUUCUGUAUGCACAUAAGUAAUAUGAUUUUACAGAAAUACUUCUUAAUAUUAUUUAUUCCCAAAGUUAAUCUUUAUAACGUUCGUAGAACAAAAUAAAAAGGUGUAAUAUAAACUGUUAAACUGCUAGAAUAAAGCCUUACUUUCUGAACCUAUUGAACCUAUUCGAUUAAGUAAUUAAAUUCAUCGAAUAUUCAAAUAGAAUAACUCAUGCAAAUUUUCACCAACGUUAACAUUUUCUUUUUGCAACUCAGUAAAUGGUCUUCAAAAGGACAAUACAUAUGUUGAAGAAAUAUGGCUGUGAAAUUGAUUAAAAAAAUGAUAUGUCUUUCCUGUUGUUUAAUCUCUU